AAUAUGAUACUACUUCUGCCAGAGAGGAAAAAUAAAUUGUGUAUUUUGAAAUUACGUUGUCUCAGCCAUUUUGAAAAGCCUGAUGGACAAAUGAAAAUCAUCUGCUCUUUGAUUCUUCUUGAAUAACUCAGGUUUUUGCAUAUAUUUUCUUUGGUAUUGGGAUCUGCAGCUGAUAUAGGGCUGAUUUUGAAUGAAAUAUGAUCGUUUUUCAGCUGUGACCUACUUUUUGUUGAAGUACAAGGGGGAAAGCUUUCAAAAUACCUAAGUGCUUGUGUGGGUAAAAGAUAGAGCUCUGAAUAAGGAUAAUAAUUUCUGAUCUCACCUCUGCUGUGAGCUUAAGAUGGACAUCUCUGAUUUUAUGAUGUCAGCCUUUUAUUUGCAAAAUGAAGACAAUAGAUGAUUCUCUGCUUAUUCUACAUGUUGUCUUCUUAUAGUAGCAAAAGUCAUCAAAAUGCUUUUCUACACACUUCUAUAUAUUAUAAAAUGCUAAGCAUUAUUGCUACAUAUGUCUCCAUGCUAGAUAUUAUUAGCUGUAUUUUUCCACUUGUACUUCAUAACAUUUGUGGUGGAGCACAAAUUGUUUAUGUGAGAGUGUGUGCUGAUGUUAGAACAUAACCAUGGAAGGGGGGGGGGGCUUGAAAGGAUGAUAGAGACAAGGAUUGUGAAGCCUAGCUUCAUCAAUAAGAAAAGCUUACUGAUCACUUUUCUCUUAAUCUCAGUGGAAGCCCUCCUCUGACAUGGUAAAAAAAGACAAUAUUUCACCUAAGGAGAGAUAAUGACCCCCAAUCAUGCAGUUCCAUUUUUCCCCCAUGCAAAGGAUUGUUUUCAGCAGAGGAAAGAUUCCUUGGUCUACUCAUGAAUGUAGGAUCAUGAAUUUUCAAGAGUCCUAACUUGCACGAAGACCUUCCAUGAAAAUAGAAGGCUGUCCUCUGCAAAGAGUUAUUCUGCACAUGGAGAGCAGUGGCAGAGGGGGUGGAGCUAACAUCUCCUUCUGUAUAAAAGCCUAUAUGCAUUACAGGUGCCUGAAGGUUUCAUUCUUAAUGCAGUGGCUACAGUGCAUAAAUGGAGCCCAUGGCACCUUGUCCAUCCUUUACUGAUGCAGCCAAUGACUUUGACAGGAACAUUCCCCGGAUCUGUGGUGUUUGUGGAGACAAAGCUACCGGCUUUCAUUUUAAUGCUAUGACCUGUGAAGGCUGCAAAGGAUUUUUUAGGAGGAGCAUGAAAAGGAAAGCAAUGUUCACGUGUCCAUUCAAUGGUGACUGUAAAAUUACCAAAGAUAACCGGAGGCACUGCCAAGCUUGCCGGCUGAAGCGUUGCAUUGACAUAGGCAUGAUGAAAGAGUUUAUUCUGACCGAUGAAGAGGUUCAGAGGAAAAGAGAGAUGAUAAUGAAAAGGAAGGAGGAGGAAGCUCUUAAGGAAAGCCUAAAGCCCAAAUUGCUGGAAGAACAACAAAAAGUCAUUGAAAUGCUUCUUGAAGCCCACCGCAAAACUUACGAUCCCACUUAUUCAGAUUUCACUCAAUUCCGGCCUCCCGUAAGACAAGAGUCAGACAAAGGACGUACAAGUAGAUCUUCUUCUAUCAUGACACCAGGUUUUUCCUUCUCAGAUGACUCUUCAGAUGCUUCCAGCUUCUCUUCAGAGCCAACGAUGCUUUCCAGUCUGGAGUUGAGCGAUGACAGCGCAUCCAUGUCCAUUGACUUCUCCCACCUCUCCAUGUUGCCUCACCUUGCUGAUCUUGUUAGCUACAGCAUCCAGAAAGUCAUUGGAUUUGCUAAAAUGAUUCCAGGGUUCAGAAAUCUAACGGCGGAGGACCAGAUUGCUCUCCUGAAAUCCAGUGCCAUUGAAGUAAUAAUGCUCCGUUCCAAUCAGUCAUUUUCAUUGGAGGAUAUGUCCUGGACUUGUGGCAGUAAUGACUUCAAAUACAAAAUCAGUGAUGUCACUCAAGCUGGCCACAACCUAGACUUACUGGAGCCCCUCGUUAAAUUUCAAAUUAGUCUGAAGAAACUGAACCUGCAUGAAGAAGAACAUGUGCUCCUUAUGGCCAUCUGCAUCCUUUCUCCUGACCGCCCUGGCGUUCAGGACACAGCUCUGGUGGAGUCCAUCCAGGACCAUCUUUCGCAAAUCCUGCAGACCUAUAUUCUUUGCCGACACCCCCCUCCGGGUAACCGCUUGCUCUAUCCCAAGAUGAUCCAGAAACUUGCAGACUUGAGAAGCCUGAAUGAGGAGCAUUCCAAGCAAUAUCGCUGCCUCUCCUUCCUGCCUGAACAUAGCAUGCAACUCACUCCACUGGUUCUUGAAGUCUUCGGCAAUGAAAUCUCCUGAGUUGCCAUUGAGGGAAAAACAUAUGGAAGUCAAGAGUGGGAGUCAGCCCAGCUUUCCACUGGCAACGGACUGAAAGUUUUCCCCCAUCUGAAGUUGUGUAUAUUCUGUCAGUGAGAAUUUGAUUUCUUCUUUUUGCCCCCUAUGCUACCUGAAGAGCCACACUCUUGAUACAUCUCUAUCUCUUAUUUGGCCUUGCUGCUGAGCAGCAACCUAAUUCCCCCCACCCCACCCCACCCCAACUGCCCUUCAAAACUGAACGGCUUUCUCUUGCUGCUUUGCAGUGAUGAAACGGUAUUGCUUUUCCAGCCAGCAAUUGAAACCUCUGUAGUGUGGGCUUAGAAGGAUGCUGAUUGUGCAAGAGCACCCAGAAAGAAUGGGUGGAAUUUAGGGUUUCAGAGGAAAUGGAACCUUGGUACCCUCAUUACUAUACUGUAUUAAAAGCUUUCAGUCCUGUGUAAUUGUAAUACACAGAGAUAACAAAGUGCUCAUUUUAUUUAAUAUGUGCACUUCUUCCUAUAAUUUCCUGCCAAAUAUCAAGAUGCUUCAGCAGCAGCAACGACAAAAUGUAUUUAUUAGCCAAAUGAGGAAUAGAGAGAUUUACUGGUAUAAAUAACCAUCUUCUUGGGUUUAUUUUCUAAUGUGAUUUGUCAAGUACGUAGAAAUGUGCCAGCACAUUUUUAGCCCUAAAUAAUCUAUAAUAGGAAAUGGAACAUUUUGGAACUAAUCAUACACUCCUCAGGGGGGAAUAUGGGAGUGUUCUUAAUAGCCAAGUUCCUGCCAGGAUCUCUGUACUAUUAAAAUGAUGGCCAUGUUUGCCGCUUCCAGCCUUAUACAGUGUCUGACACUACUAAUUACCAAGAGUUGAUGAGAAAUAAUUUAGUAGUAUAGUACUGGCUUUUAAUCUAUCCAAAAAUGUUUAGUUUGUUCAGGAAAAUGGUUUAGCAUCACUUUUUAGCAGGUUGUGGAAAGGAUCCCUAUGAUCAGAUUAAAUCAUGUACAAAGCACCUUAAUUAUCAGAUAGAGAAUAAGCAAUUUUCAGUUGUUUCCAUGUUGGGGCUAUAAUGUUUGAGUCAGUUUAGUCAUCCUCAGGAGACUGAAACUAAUUUAUUUUUGAUACUGGUAAAAUGUUUACUCUAAGUUUGACAACCUCUGGGCUAUAUGAUCUCUAGAAAAAUUAAGCACAUAUGAGC